AUCUCGAUCUUUUUAUAUCCUCACAAUCACUUCAUCACCUUCUCUCAUCCAACUCAUCCUCCUCUAUGACCUUCUUCCUCUUCUUCCUCACCGCCUUAUGACCUGCUUCCCAUAAUGCGUCGGCCAAGGCGUAACCUCCUCCUCUUCCUCACAACUUGCGCCGUCCUGCUCUUCCUCCGCUCCCCCUUCUCAUUCGAUAGCUCCCCCAUCCAACCAUCCUCAUCCUCCCGCUCCUCUUCACAGAUCAAACAGCUCAAUGGCGUCAAUUACCGACAGCCUUUUGCUUUCUCAGCAUUCACGCCGCUAAUGACCUCAAUCUCGAAAACCGCACCCCGCGUAUCCACAAACAUCCUCGUCUUCGCCGGAUCCACAUCUGCCGCCUCCCGUCUCCUGCCACUCGCAGCCGACCUUGCCUCUGAGCUCGAGGCUAAUGACGAACGUCCACUUUCUGCCGUGCACUUUUUGUUCAUGGGCCCUUACUCUGUCGAUCUCGAGUUCUUCUGCCAAGCGAACGGCCUCAACAGCACCACCGCCCUCCCCAGACUCCAUAUCCACGACGCGAGAGCGAGGCUCAAUUCGCGCUCGCAGUCCCUUCCGCCCGCCAACGGCGCUGGAUCCGAGUCAGUCACGAUGUUUGAGAUCAACCCCGUCUCGGCCAAAGCAGCACUCGAUGUCGCCGUCCGCACCCUCAGACCAGAGGCGACCGUCUGGUCGCGGCAGCUCGAGACUGAUUCAGAAUUUGGAAAUACAAUCGCAAGCUUGCUUGGACCACCGUCUUCGCCUUUUGCGCCUAUUGACAUUCCGAGCUCGGACAUUGAAGAUCUGGGAUGGCUUGCUCUGCUCGGUCCUGCUGGUUUGAAAUCUUGGUCUUCGCACGAGGUCGAUAUUAUCAUUCCAGUGACCUCGCAUACUGGCUCGGUUGUCCGGCUCCUUUCUUCCAUCUCCCGUGCGCGAUACUACAACUUCUUUCCGCGUCCCCGGAUCACCAUCUACACCCCGCCCGGCGUCGUCGACGCAAACUUGCUCAAUUUUAUCGACCAUACGCUGUCCUAUCCGCGCGAGAGAAUUGUCAUCCAAUCUCUUCCGACGCCCUUUGUCACUUCUCGGCACCAGACUCUCAAGGAAGCAAUGUUUUCCGGGGCCUUGAGAGCGCACAAUCCUUCAUCCAGACAUGCACACACCGUCUUGCUUUCUGAUACCGUUAUCCUCAGUCCGUACUGGUUCCAGUGGACGAUGCUCCAUAUCUUGAGCUACUUUCCUGAAGUCAGGACUGCUCUUGAAAUAAACGGCCCUCUAUCGCCAAUCGCUGGAAUUUCACUCUGCCCAUCCCGCCCUGUCAGUAUAUCGGACGAGGAACCAUUUAAAGAGAACGACAGUAACGAUCUCUACUACCUCACCCAGAGCCGAGCCAGUCUCUCGUGCACUCUCUUUUUUGCUCCUCACUUUCGCGUGCUACAAACCUUCCUUGCCACUCAAUCGUCCGAAGCGCAACGUCGCACGCUUCCGAUCCCACCUGAACUCGAUCACCUUCGGACUCAGAAGUCGGCUUUGACCUUUGAUGCUCACGAGCUUCUCCUGCCAAUCUAUAUACGAGGAUAUCUGUUUUUGGCUCAGAACGAGCGGAUUAGCGACGUCCCGGCGGUUUACGAGUCUAGUGUGUCUGCGCGACCUCGCGCCGCUCCUAUCUCUACCGACGGAAGUCUACAACCUGUCGACCAUGAGAGUUACCACAGUCUAAUCACAUCGCCGCUGUACAUCGUGUUCAACAGUUUGCGGGAGAAGUACAAAACAGUGUACGGUCGCAACGACGAUAGCAGCAGCGGCCUUAGUCAAACUGGGGUUAUUGACGCGAAGCAGUGGGAAUACUUUCCUAUCUAUCCCGAUCUCUCUACUUCCGAUUCGUCGUCGUCUUCUAGAGAACCGUUUGUGUUUGAGUCCGUCAAGGCGCGCGGCGAAGCCUUUGCAUCUACCGUAUCCCCGAAAUGCAACACUCCUGUAUCCCUGUCUCGCAAAACUAGCAACGGCGAGAACGAUGACGAGGAAGAGGAGUAUAGAAGAUCAUUGAUCGACUCUGAGAGUGAUUUUCUCGAGAAUGAAUCCAAACCCGCUGAUGACGACUGGUCCGAUGUUUUCUGUCCUGCUGAGCAGAUUGAGUCCGCGGACGGCCCUGGUGCGGCUACCGGCAUCGAACCGAACUCGGACCAGAUGGGUUCCUCAUCAUCGUCGGCAGCGGCAGGUGACAAGCGGAAAGCAGGUACAGGGCGAGCUAAAUCGCUGGAGGAAGAAAAGAGAGAGCGGAAAAAGAGCAAGGUCGUUGAUGCGUCCAAGGAGCCUCCUCGACCGCCCAAGCCAGCGCCGAAACAGAAGGCCGAUGAAAGCGAGCCUUCAACGUCUGUGGGUGGGAAUACUAGUGGAAAAUGAGCAAUCUAGUUGUUUUUGUAAAUGGAUGUACUAGCCAUUUAUUUAAUCUAAGGCGGGUUUUUCUAUCGGAUCUCUCCAAUAUAUACCAAAGAAUUACAUAUCUCGGAUCUAACCAAUAGUUU